GCAGAUCCCUCCACUCCUGCAGAGACUGGCUGAAGUCCACACUGCUCAUUGGUAUCUUCACCACUCCUAUAGCGUCGUGUUUUGAGAAACGGUCAAAGUCGUACACAGUCAUCACUAGCGUCUUCCCGCCCAGCUCAGUUUCUGGCACUAACACUUGAUCACAGGAUAUGCAGCCCGCUGUGUUUAUGAAACCUGCUGACAUGGAGGGGAGAGGAAAAGGGAGAAGUCGAGCUGAAGCAUCAUGCGUGGACCACUGCUGUUCCACAAAGAGCUGCCAGAGAGGAGGGACGGAGGAAGAAGAAAAAAUACAAAGCCAGAGAGGAGGAGGAGGAAAACGGUGAGCAACACAGAGAUCAAGUUCCAGCCCCACCCGUUCACCUUGAGCAAACAGACACUGUACAGAAGGGGGAAGAUGGAUGGAGUGGCUGGAUGGACAAGGAACCUCAGUUUAUGCGACGUUUUUCCUGAGGGUGAAACAACUCAACGCUGGCGUCGCUAGGGGGCGAUCGCCAUUGUUUAUAACAAUGUAUAAACGCGAACCACAGAAGAAGACUCGUCUCUAGGAUACCGAGCAAAGCGCUGCUGGGUGGGAAUAGGGAUGACGCCAAAGGAGCAUCUUCAUCUUAAACAUGUGCUACAGACAGUGUGUGCUCUCGAAGCAGUCGUCCACCCUAGCUUUGGGCCAGAGGGUGGACAGGUGUUGUUCACCCGAGACACUGCACAAGCAAUGUUGAGCCGUAGUGGGACACGUAUUCUCACAGCACUUAGACUUGAGCACCCACUGGCCAGGAUGGUGGUGGAGUGUGUCUGGAAGCACAGCACUGUAACAGGGGAUGGGUCCAAGACCUUUAUUAUACUUCUGGCGUCAUUACUACGCAUGAUUCAUUCAGCCGCCUGCAAGGAAACUAAUGUGUCUCGCACAUAUAACCUGAGGGAAGCAGCAGUGGCUGCAACUGCCAGGCGCCUGGCUGAUGAACUGUUGGCAUUUGCAUCAGAGAAGCUAGAUGAUCUCAUCACCAAGGGAGUGGUCCCUUAUGGAUACUGUGUUUCAUGGGAGGAUUUUACUGCAAACUCGCAAUCGCAAGCAAACCCGAGCUAUUGCUUUGUUAAAAAACUGCUGUCAUCAUUCUUUCAUACGCGUCUUGGCUACACCCACUGUGACUUCAUGAGCAAUCUCACAUGCGAACUGCUCACAAACUGGAAGCCUAAAAAUGACCAAUUCUCCUCAUCACUUCAGUUUUUAAAUGACAACUUUCCUGCUCUGCAUACACCUGUGUCAGGCUUUCCUGUGAACCUUUCACGUUUGGUUGAGGGCCAGGUCAUCCACAGGGAUUUUGCUACACCCUUCCACCAAACUGACUGCCUGCCAAUUAAAGCUGUAGUUUUCCCUGAGUACCUGCAGCCACAACUUCUCAAUACAGAGCAUGUGCUUAAGUUGGGGUGUGGAGAACAAGUGAUGGAGCAUAAUUCAACAACUGAAAGAAGCCUUGUGCAGUUUAGUGCUUGGGCAGAAAGGUCACUAGGAUGUAUUAUUGCAAAUCUGCAGAGUUUGGGUGUGUCGGUGCUUCUGUCAGCGGUGAAACAGUCUGCUGCUGUCCUGGCUUUAGCCACACAGGCUGAAAUGUGCGUUGUGGAGUGUGUCAGUGAAGAUGAGCUCUCUCUCUUUUUAUGGCUAAGUGGAGUCACACCUGUUUCUGACUGCUGGAUGAUUGAACCAGAACACAUUGUUAAUCUGACCUUCUGCCGGCCAAUAACACUGGGAGCUCAUAGGUAUAUCCACGUGGGUUUCAGUGAUUUACAGGAAAGAUCCAUGGUCAAAUCUUGUAGUUUGGUCAUUUGUGGCCCUGGGGAAGGACAAACCGACCAGUAUGCAUGUGCUAUUCAAGAUGCCAUCCGCAUGCUUCUUACAGCACUAAAGCCUCCGUGUCUACCUACCACCACAGCAUCUAAUAUUAUGGUGCAGGCAAACCAAAGCCUGCCCUCUUCUCAGCAGUGUGUAUUGGGAUCAGGCUAUUUUGUACCUGUUGGUGGGACAUUUGAGUUUCUCUUAAACCAUGUCUUAUUACAACAGAAAACUUAUUCUUCACUUUCUGGCAACACAACUAGGGGAGUCCCUGCCACUGCUCAGCUCUUUGCAAAUGCUCUGCUCAGUGUUCCACAAAAGAUUUAUUCCUAUAAUCUGCAACACUUCCUGCAUACUCAAACCAGGGUUCUGCGCUUUAUUCAAAAUAAUUCCCACCCUUUUCCUGAACUUGUAUGCAAUCAUCAACAAAGUAAAAGCUCCAUAAUGGGUUGUGCUUCAAGUGACCCCCUUGAUGAUCGUAAAAUCAAAGUGGAUUGUUCUGGGAAGUUUGACGCAGCAUCAAAAGACGUUAGAAGGGACUCUGGCUUUGAAUCUGUCUCCUGUAAAUACCAACUUCUUCUGGCUGUUCUGCAGUGUGUCACAAGUCUUCUCCGUGUGGACUCUGUCCUGUACUCACACAGACGGGAGGGCAUACAUUUUGUAGACAGUUAGAAUGGAUGAGACCACAUGCUAAUAACAAGUUGUCUCCUAUAAUGAAAAACAUCUGUUUCAAGACUUACUAUAUUUUAAAGGUCUUUUAAAAGUUGUAGGAAAUACGUACUUUAAUAUCGACUGCUGCAAUGAUUUCUGUAUGACCAGUGCUUUUAAUUUGAUAUUUUUUUGAUAAUAUCCUUUGCAUUUCCACAGAACUGGUUUUAGAGUCUGUGCAAUGUCCUGCCUAAGCCUGGUUGUUUUUGUUAUAACCAAAUACAAAAUACAUAACAUCUUGGUCGUAAAA